AUGUCCCCGCGUCGAUCGUCGAGGGCUCGCACCACUCAGCCUCCGUCCGCCUCCCAGACCGCGCACAGCGGCUCCUCAUCCUCCGUCUCGUCGGCGCGCACAGAUCGUGCAACACGAAUCGACGAUAAGCAGACGUCGCCGCAGAAAUCCUCAACGCCGCACUCGCUCUCGUCCGAAGAGCCUGAAGACCUUGCACACAUGGACCGGCCCUUGACACGCCGCCGAACGCGCGAGCAGGACGUCGAUGAUGACGACCUAACAAAGCUCGACGACGAGCUCGAUGACGAGAUGAUUGAGGAAGACGAGGUGACUCGCUGCGUCUGUGGGUACCAGGAAUACCCAGGCCCGCCCUCGGACGCAGCCAGGUCAUUGGAGGGCGACGACCUCAGCGGUCUGUUUAUCCAAUGCGACAUUUGCAAAGUCUGGCAGCACGGCGGCUGUGUGGGCAUUAUGGAUGAAGCCGCCAGUCCCGACGAAUACUUCUGCGAGGAGUGUCGCAAGGACCUCCACAAGGUCACAACGAGUCCCAAAGGCCAGAAGUACUCUCGUUACCUCCCCGUCUACGACCAGCAGAAUGGCAAGAAAGCACGCAAAUCGUCCGUCUCGAAAGAGACGUUGUCUCCAUCGAGCCGGCACAACGACCGUAAUCCGAGGGCUAGCGUCGACUCCCUCGGGAAACGUCGUUCCACCAUGAACAGCCGAGCUGCCUAUGAUGAAGACGAAGUGUUGCGGAAGGUCCUCGAAGAAAGCAAACAUGAGGGCGCCCCUCUCUCAGAAAAUGGAACCCGCAAAAAGCGAAGUCGUGAUGACAGCGAAGAGUCCAAACCGGAAGUCAAGCGACAACGCACAAGCUCAAGAUCCCCCAGCGACUCUCCUGUGAUUGAAUCAGAGGACGACAGCACAAGAGCCUCGGCGCCGAAACAGAAACCGCGUGGCGCAGCCGCAAGAAGCCAACGAGAAAAAGAACAGCGCGAGAAGGAGCGUGAACAUGAACGUACCGAGGCAGCCAACAGGCGUAAAGGACGCGCUGAACGCCGGAAAGCAGAUGCUGACAACGAAGCAGAGCCCGAAGCCUCAGAAGCCACGCCUACUCCCACUGAGGAGCCUACCGUUUCUGCCAUCACUUCCGCGUCUGCGCCACCCGAGGCACCGGUCGAGUCUUUGAAGCCGACACCUACUGCGCGUCGAGGUGGUCGGCCACCACAAAAGCCGCGCGGUCGCCUGGGCCGAAACCAAUACUCGCGAGACGCAGCGUCCGCCGUGAACGGCGCAUCUCCUGCGAACGACACGGUAAACUCUCCUCAUUUGAGUGGCACAAACGGCAACAGCAAUGGGCACGAGAGCAGUGACGGCGCAAACGGACAUAAAACAGCGAAGUCAAAGAAUUCGCGUCUCCACAAGCUGUCAUGGAAUGACAUCGUUCGACCUGCUGGCGCUAUGCAGAGCUAUAUUGCGCAGCGCCAGGUGGAAAUGGCUGGCGAGAAAACAAGUCCUGCACCGGCUGUUCAGCCUCCGACAAAUGGAGAGCACCAUGUGCCGGAGGCGAAACAGGACGAGAACGAACUGUCUGCUUUCAAGCAGCUUACUACAAUCCAGAUGAUGGACAGUCUGAGCCGCGAUCUUGUGUAUUGGCAGAAGAGGGUUACCGAGCAGAAAGAAAGGUAACGCCUUUAAUCCCAACGACGACACACGAUUUCGGAUUGCAUAUUUGGCGCACCGGCGUUUCUGUUUCAUCCAACAGCUUGUAACAGCUACCAUUCUCUUUACCAUGGCGUUCCAAGGUGCAGCAACUGUUUCUGGCAUGGGUUUGCCGAUCAGUACGGAUACCCUCCACUUCUCACAGAUUCGAUGUGCAUGAAAGAUUCUGGCUUUCGCACUUAUCACAUCAUCAGCGGGUUCGCUGCAUAUUCUAGUGUGUAUAUUAGGAAACGGU